UGUCACUUUAGUUUGCGUCGACUCGAUCUCCAAUUAUUUAAGAUUUUAAAAAAAGACGACAAGAUACAUAGUUCCUUGUAAUAUUUAAUGUCCAUAUUAUGUCAAUAUAAUUGUCAAGCCAUAAUAUUUAUUCUGUAAUAAUAUUAUUAGUAUCCACUAAAAGCAUGAAUUCUUUUAAAAAUCGAAUAAAAUAGUGUUUCAAUAUUAGUGCAUAUAAUGGCUCCUGGUAAUAAAGAGAGACAUCCAGGACACACGGGUACAAUACCCAAAACUAAAGUAAGGAACAACUGCAAUGUACCACAAGAGGCUGUAACACCGACACGACGAGACAUGGCUUCUAAUCUGGUGACGACUUCUCUGGAUUGGGUGCCUGUGUCAGAAUAUAACGCAAGAUCAAACUGUAAUCAAUCAAGAAAGCAACCAAACAACACCUCUGACCAAGAAUUAACUGACUUAGAUAAUUCUGUAUCAUUUGAGAGUGGAUUUGGGCGGUUUGUUCCUGUAAGACCACAACCUCGUGCUCUUCCCUUAACCGUGCAGAAUCGAGAAAGCUUAACCACUGAUCAUCAUGACGAUGGGGCAUCUUCUGCCUCUCAUACCUUACAUCCAUAUGCACAUCAAAUGCAAAAUGGUAUGAUACCACAUUCAAAUCAUGCUGCUGCAGCUGUUAUGAUAGUUAAUCCGACUACCCCUAAUGCUGUUGCAGGGAAUAUGACUCAACCAUUUAAUGCUCCAAAUCAAAAUAGAAAUAAUCUGACAAGAAAUUUGAAUUCAACUCGCAAUACUUUCGAAGGCAGUAAUACAAACAAUAAUAACGCUUCUCCUGUUACAAAUUCACGUUCUGGUACAAAGUCUGUGAAUUUGAUGAACAAUAUGUAUGACCCAGGGCAAAGCAGUUUCAAUAACAUAAAUGAAAAUAAUCAAGCUCAUAGAGAAUCAGCUAGAGCUUUGGGAGAGGCAAUAGUGGCAGCAUGUCCUGAUGCAGCUGCUGUCGAACGCCGUCUCGGGCAAAUAAGAGAGUACAUUCGAGUAACAUCAUCGCUCGUCGACACAAUGCGGAAUUCAGAAGAUGAGGCUUUUAUUGAGCACACUAAAGAAGAAUAUGAUGAAUUAGUUAAAAUGGUAAUGCAACUGAAAGAGAGUGAAAGUAAACUUGAAUCUAUGUUAGUUGAAAAAAAAGCUGAAGUUUCUAAUGAAAAUUCAAAUCAUUCCUUGAACCAAACAGAAAGUAAUAUUUCUGAAUCAGCCAACCAAAUAGAACCAACACCUGAAAGACAUUUGAAUCAAGAUAAAACAAGUAACAUUAAAACUAAUAACGACAAUAGUCCAAUCAAUAAUUUAAAGAAAGUAACAAACAUAGAAAAUGAGCACUUAAAUAAAAACAUUACAAAUGCUCGAGCAACUGAUGAAAACGAAAACCAUAUGGACGGAUCCCAAAAUACAAUCGAAAUCCAAGAAAUAGAAUCGAUACCAUGUCCUGAUCCUGAGAUACAAAAAGAUGAUCAAUAUCUUAAUGAUAUUUUACGAAAGAAUAUCACAGCCUGUGUCGAAAAAAUAGCUUUCAUCGAAGAACUGAAAAAUCAAAACAAAGAUAUUGAAACAAAGAUUAGCUGCCACGAAGUUCAGCAAGAUGUGGUGGUCAGACCGGUGUCAGUUCAAAGUAAUGGAUCAACCUUUAGUGAUAAUGAUCUUUGGCAAAAUGAGAUAAAAAAUAAAAUGGAAAUGUCCCAGAUUCGAAUGUCGGCGCUCAAGCAGCAACAGAAAAGACUUCUGAAGUAUCAGGCGGAAGCAAAAGAACAACUAGAGGAAAUAAACAAGGAGAGACAAACUCAAGAAAUAAAUCAUUCGUCGACAUCGCAUGAAAACAUCAAUGCAAUGCCGAAUCUAACAUUAAGUGCGAAUUACAAUCACCCGAGUCGAAUGUAUGGUGCGAAUCAGAUCGGAGUAGCGACCACGUUGCCCCAGUCGGCUGACACGCUCUCCGCGCAGAUGUCGAACGCUGAGCACGAGCAUCCUCACGACGACAGAUUCUCUCUUAGAGAAGGCAUUGCCAGCAGCGAGGAAGCGGCAGGUGGUGGUCGAGACAGUGAAGUUGAAGAUGAUGAAAUGCUCAGUGAACGCGAACGCAUAUUGCAGCUCAAAUUGCGAGAACUCCAAAUGAAGAAGCAGCAUAUGGAAAACUUGGUAUCAGAGUUCCAAAAACUACAAAUGGCAACUCGACUUGGCAGCUCGCACAAUACGUACUCAAGUUCGGGGGAAGACAGCGGUGAUGAUGAGCCAUCCCGUAAAUGUAACAAAUCCGGUGUAAAUCUCAAAAACGAAGAUCCAUUUAAAAUCAUGGAAAUAAAAGCCAUAAAGACGGCGUUGCAAAAAACCAAAGAUCUCAUGCGUUCGGUGGAGACAUUUGAAGGGAAUCUUUCAGGAGGUCACGAGGAGAACUUCCAUAUACCCAAUCAUUCCAACAUUCAUGACAACAAAUCAGAAGGCGGUGGAAGUAUGGGCGGUUGGUCAAAUGAAGGCAGCGUUUGUCGUGUGCGCAACUCACUGCCGCAGCGACACAAGUUCACCAACGAGCAACACUCGCAGCAACUUCAGCAUCUGCAGCCUCAGCAGCAGCAUUUGCAGACAUCGCAGCACCAACAGCACUUGCAGCCAUCUCAGCACCAGCAGCUCAUGCAACCACAUCAGCACCAGCAACACAUGCAACCACCGCAGCACCAGCAGCACUUGCAGCAACCGCCGCACCAGCAGCACUUACAGCCACCACAGCACCAGCAACUCAUGCAGCCACCGCAGCACAUGCAGUCUUUGCAGCAUCAGCAGCACAUGCAGCAAUCGCAACACCAACAGCAUUUGCAGUCUUCGCAACACAUGCAACAUCCGCAGCAUCAGCAGCAGUUACAACAUCAGCCGCAUACGCAACAAAGUCAUGAAGCUAAUAUAAAUUCUUUGCAAGAAUUGGCACAAGAACUCCGGAUGGAGACUGAGAAAAUCAUGUGUGAACGUGCUCGCAUCAAGGAUGUUGUGACUAACAAAGAGAGGAAGCAGAAGAAAGUGAAUGAAGCGGGCCCCGCCGAGCGGCGUCAGAUGCAGCUGCGAGCGCUGCUGGCCGACAAGCAGCGCGAGCUGGAGGCCUUACUCAACAAGGAGGCAAUGACCAACGAUGCAGAAGUUCAGAGUAUGAAACCCAAUUCGCGCGUCGCAUCUGUAGUCAAUGAAUCCUAUAACAGUGAACAAGAAGAACCCGAAUCACGAUCAGAACACAUACAAAUGGAUUCACAAAGUUCAAGGGAUAACGAAAAUUUUAGGGGCGGCGACAGCGCGGCGACGGCGGCGGCGUCGCACCGCGGCAGCGCGUACGGCAGCGACAGCGACAGCGCUUCCAGAAACAAGUCCAACCAAAGGAACCGUCAACGACGACGACCUACUCUGGACCGUCAGUCUGAAGAAAGCAAUGUGCUUCCGCUAUCAAACAAUAACAACUCCAAUGUGCGACACGAAGCUCGGGUCGAUUCGACUAACGUCAACAUGGUUCCACCUGUCGCCCAAAAUAAUGACAACACUGGACAUCUUCCGUACUCUCACUUACCACCGACGUGUUGGAAUACCACUAAAUCUAAUCAGGAUAUGCGUACGAAUCAAUUUACUCAAAACAGCCAUUCUCAAACAAUGGAUCGUCUUAUGGGCACCCCGAUGUCGUUUCCUCCCUCCAUGCCUUACAACAUGAUGAUGCCAUACGGUAUGGUCGGUGGUUGCGGGUGCGGCUGCGGGUUCUGGGGCGCUUGGUGCUGGCAACAGCUCGUCCUGCAGCAACGGGAAAUACACCAGCUCAGGGAGCAGCUCGGCCAUCUCGAAGAACGUUGGCGCGCUGAUACCGCAUCUCAUACGUUAAACAAUCAAGUGCCGCCCGGUAAUCGAGCAAAUAACUACUGGGAUAACUUUAGAAGCUACUCGCGCCAGAACCUGCUGUCCGGCAACAGCAAGAGCAACGCGGAGACGCAGGCCGGCGCGCACGCGGCGCCGCUGGCCGAGCGCUCGCACAACAGCCUGCAGCACACGUCGUCGUCCACGUCGCCGUCGCUCACGCCCAAGCGCAACACCGAGGCGCCCGACGAGGCGCGCGCGCGGCCCUCGCGCCGCAACCUGGCCUACGAGCGCUCGCUGUCCUUCUCGUCCGCGCCCGACGUGCUCAACGUCAACCAGAACUCCGAGCCGGACGACGCCUCCAACGUCAACGUCAACAGGCGCGAGCCGCCCGCCAACUCCUUCCGCAACCUCAACUACGCGGACCCCAUCCCGGAGAUCGUCCAGUCGCACUCGAACAACCUCAACUCGCCCUCCGACUCGAAGAGAAAGUCCUCGGCGAAGCUUCCGUCCAAGAACUCGACGACCAGGAGGAACUACGCGUUGGAUUUCUCGCCUACGAGCAACGUCAACGUGGCGAGCUCCUCCGCCGAGGUGCCGAAUCCCAAUCUGGCGUCGGCCAGCCGGGAGGUCCGAGACAAGGCUACGUCGAAAUUGUUCGAUCUUUUAAGGGAAAAUAUUUACUCCGAAGUGACGACGCUCAUCGGCGUGAACGAGUCUCAUCCCGAUUUUCUGAUUCAACUGUUUAGGGAGCUGCAAUUGAUCAGUUCUGAUCCGCUCCGGCAAAGAGUUUUGCAAUCGAUUCGUAAUGUUUUAUCUCAGUAUAGUUCUCUCAUUGAGAAUCGAAAUGAAGAUACUGAUCGUACGGAAUCCGCUAACGCAACAGUGACUACGACUUCCGCCGAGGCGAGCGACUGUCACGACUGCAAUGGCCAAAACCUGUGUUCGAGUACAGUGCAAAUCGAUAACAAAAUUGUGCGUUUCCUUUUAUUAAAGAGCGAGGAGAUAUUUACAUCUGAACUGUUAGAAUCCUUAGCUUCAAUUAUACUCUGCAGUUCUACUGAUAGUAGACAAAUGAAGAGACUUCUCGAUUUGCUCUCUAAAUACGAAGGCACGAGAGUGUGUGACGUUUCUAGCGAUAUCAUUGAAAAUUUGCCACUGUUUAAUUCGUUAAGUAAUGAAGGUGAAGAAUCCAUUCAUUUGACGAGCGAAAUAUCUGAAUCCUCGAUUUUACAAGACGUAGCCGGUUCGUUGAACUUAUUCAGUUCAAGUGAGAGUCAGUUACACCAGAUGAAUGCUUGCCCUUAUGACAUGUGGCCGGGGCAUGUGCACAUGGAUAUCGACGGUAACGAUAACAGCCCACGCUCAAGUCAGGAAGGGAAGGUUGAUCUCAUUAAUUGUUCCGAAAUGCACAACGGAGAUUUAGCAGAAGCCGACCAGACUUGCCAUGCAGAAAGCGGCGACGGUGGCGCCAAUGCGCACGACGAUAUGAUCGGUAACGCAGAGGCUUUGCCAGACGUUGUCGACACUGAGGAAGUCACACCCACUGAGGCGGAAGCAGAGUGGCUCGGGCUUGACCGUGUGCCAACAAGGCUGCAUAUGGAAGAAUCAUCUGAAAAACAAAAAGGUGACAUUUAAAAUCCAAUCAACACGAAGCAAACACUCAAACAUCAAACAGUUGUUUGAUCUACUGUUUAAGUGAACCUGAAAUAAAAUAUUUCAUUAGAUCUUCAUCUGCAUCUGCAACAGAAAAACAAAACAAAAAUAAUUAAAAAAACAUUUCUUUUACAGAUUAGCUCAAGUAGUAAUGAAACAAUAUUUUUCUCAAUUAAUCAUUAAUUUCAUAAUUAAAUCAUUGUAUUCUCAUAACUUUUUGUUCACUGUCUAUAUUUACAUAGUUUCAUUUAUGUAAUAUUUAUUUAGAAUAAAUGAAUAUAUAAACCA